CGGCAUCAGUCGCGAUUUGCUUACCGUCUUUUCUGAGGGAAAAGGUCUCUAUCCUCGCUCGCUCUCUCUCGUUCCGUGAGAUUCGGUGGAAACUCUCGGAUUUGUGGACUAUAAGGCACGAUUCAGGGAAAUCCUUGUAGCUUUUGUCGUCAAACGAUUGAGCGUCCGCCUUCUUGCGGGCAAUCCACGGCAUCCGUAGCGCGAGAACGCCGGAUUUCUCCCGGAAAUGCGGAAUAGAAGAGGCCGGACCGGGAAAUCCCUCUUUUCUGCCUCUGCGUGUGUCGUAGUAUUGGAGUCCUUUGCAUGCUUGGAUUUUUCUUUGGCUUUUUGAUUGAAGAAAGCAGAAUCACGGUUUCGCGGUGGGUUUUCAGGCGGAAAGAAGCACGUUCGGCGUGGGUUUUAAGCUGCUGCGGUUUCGCCUUUGAUCUAGCCUGUCUAUGCCAAAUUGGUGGACUUUUUUUUCCUUGGUUGCCGGACCAUCUGGAUUUGUAAUGUGAAAUGGUUUGGCGAACCACGGUCGUCGGAAAAUCGCCGGUUUUGAAGCAAUUCUGAAAUUUGUGGUCGCUGGAGACAGGUCAUUUGGAUGAGGUUGCAGGGGUCGGGAGGCGUAAGGAUGAUUAGUUUAGCUAUGGACAACGGCCAUCGGAAUGGAAAUUGCCAUGUGAUUUCCGGGGACUUAUCUCACCGGAGAUUGAACCCGAUGCCAUCAAAUUCCUCGUCCGUUGUUUCAUCGUCAUCGUCUUCUAAUGUCAAUUAUAUCGAGCAUCACGUUUCUAAAAUGGAUACCCUCGCGGGAGUAGCCAUCAGAUACGGUGUCGAGGUUUCCGACAUAAAGCGCUUGAAUGGUUUGGUUACAGAUCUUCAAAUGUUUGCUCACAAGUCACUGCAGAUACCUCUACCAGGAAGGCAUCCUCCGUCUCCAAUCAUAGCCAAUGGCUCUGUUAUGCAAGAAAACGGAAACAGCAGCAGAGUCCCCUCAAGAUAUGCACCGCGAAAACUGUUUAAAGACCUCCCACCAGUUGAAUUGAAACCACAAGAAGCCAAAGUUUCUGCGGCCAUGAGCAGCUUGCAGGGCUACUAUGGCCUGAUGUCAUCCGCUGAGAAUGGCAGUAGCGGUGAUGAAGGAACAGAAAUGACACUGUACAAGACUAAGAGAGGGCAUUUCACAGCGGAUGAACCCCCCUCACCUGUCAGGGCAAGUGAAGAUGCUGAUUUCUGCCUAGGCAAACACUGGAAUUCCAUGAGCAUGCUGAAUGGGUUUUCUGCAGGAAGCAGUGAUGAAUCACUAGAUAUCCCUGUUGCAGAAGCUGGCAACAAUGAUACGGAGAGAUCAAAUGAGAAGCCAGUAAGAAGGCGUCAAAGAACUGAUGUCGACCCGGCUUAUGCGGGAUCAGAGCUUGGGGAAGACACGACCAGCGGUGGACUGUUGGGCAGGUCUGUUAAAGGUCUGGCGCUCAGGCUAAAAUCUGCAAGCAGAGUAAACCUUGCGGGUGCUGACGCGGAUUCAGCUAACAAUCACGCCCAUCCUUUUGGAGACUCUCUCUUCGCCAAUGGCUUUGCUGGAGUGCGCCGGUCGUCGAGCACCUCCAACCUGCAGGAGCCGUUUGAUGGCGCUGCAUCAAACCGAUCGGCAUCCAAGUGGACACUAAGACCCGACCUGCAGGUUCUCACAGCAGUUGCAAUCCCCAUAUUUGAUGGGCUGCCAAAACCCAUAAGUGGCAAGCGUAACAAAGCCGCUCUGGACUAAGCUUUUCUCUACACCAAAAUGGACCCAGUCCAACUACAGCUUCAAGGAAGCGAUUUUCUGGAAGGAAAAAAGAAAGAAGAAAAAUCGUCCAGGAAUGUCAGAAUGCUCUACGAAAUAGUUUUCUGCUAGAGCUUUUCAGCUUAUGAGUGCAGUAAAUGAAUGUAGUAUGAAGGAAGGAAGACGAAUAAGACGUCAGACGGCAUGUUUUGGUCAGGUCGUCCUCUGGUUCUAAGAGUAAGGAAUGGUACAUGUUCCUUAUUACCGGUUUUAAGGAGAGUUUGUUGCUCCAACCUCUUUUUUUCUUUUCCUUUCUACAAUGUAGUGUAAUUGUUGAUAGAUUGUUCCUGAAACUGGGAAACAAGUGCAGAUAAUGGAAAUUGAUUGCCGAUGCUA